UUAGUAACUAAUGUACAGCCACAUGUGUGAUUUCUUGCUAAAAUGGAACUAAUUUGGCCACCCAGCAACAUAUCUGGGUCAGGUUUGGUAAACUACUGGCAUAAUUGAUUCAACAACUCCUACUAAACAAUGUAUUGAAUUGAACAAAUCAAGGAAGAGAAUUGCAUCUCUGCUACUAUAUGAUUUCUUUUGUGAAUUCAAUUUAGCAUGUCCCAGAACAUGGCAUCCCCUCACUCUCCCUCUACACCAAGAUUACUGCAGUUCGCGACGGAGUGGAAUGUGCUGCAAAAGAAGAUAGGCUCCUUCUUGCUGCUUCUGCUUCUCCUCUCCGCGCUCUUUCUUCUGUCCAUCUUGUAUUCGUCGAGCACUUUAACUGUCACAACCGAGGAAGCCGUCAGCGAGGGCCCCCUGCUCGCAGCGCUUUUGGCGCCAACUGCACUGAGUUCGCCGCAGAAGCCUUCGCCAGAAUCUAAUGCUGCAACCUAUGAAGCAGUGCAUCAAAGCAACAGUAGUGUAGCACCUGUAACUGAAACCACUUCUCAGAGUCCUGUUUCUGAUGUGGAGGAUAAAUGUGAGAUGUCUAGGGGGAAGUGGGUGGCAGAACCGCGAGGGCCGCUUUAUACCAAUGUGACGUGCCCGACCAUACCGGAUUUUAAGAACUGCAUGAAGUACGGGAAGCAUCCGGGCUUUCUUUACUGGAGAUGGAAACCGGACAGGUACGAUUUGCCGAGGUUCGAGCCCGAGAGGUUUCUGAACAUUGUUCAAGGGAAGAAGCUGGCGUUCAUCGGCGACUCGCUGGCUAGGAACCAGAUGGAGUCUCUCCUGUGUCUGUUAUCUCAGGCAGAAACACCAAUAGACGUAUACAAGGAUCGUACCGACAGGUUCCGAACAUGGUUUUUCCCCUCGCACAAUUUCACUCUCAUGGUCAUGUGGACUGAGUUCUACGUACAGCGAGAACCGAGAGUCGUAAACGGAUCAGAAACGGGAUCAUUCAACAUACACGUAGACAAGAUCAACACAAACUGGACCUCACAGCUCUCCGAACUAAACUACGCGGUCAUAUCCGGCGGGAAUUGGUUCUUCAGAAUAAACUACCUGUACGAAGACGACAAGAUCGUAGGCUGCGUCAACUGUUGGGAGAAGAACAUAACCGAUUUUGGUAUUCCAUACGCCGUUCGAAGGGUGGUCCGAAAAGCACUUGAGAGUAUAAGCGCUUGCGGAAACUGCGACGGGCUCGUAACUUUUCUGAGGACCUACACACCCCCACACUUUGAGAAUGGGUCAUGGUUCAGUGGGGGUUACUGCAAUAAGACAAAGCCACUGGAUGAGAGUGACUUGAAUUUGAAUGGCAUUGAGUGGGAGUUGAGAAAGAUUCAGAAUGAGGAGAUUGAGAGGGUGAGGGAGAAGAGUGGAGGGAAAAAGUUUGGGCUUUUGGAUGUUACAAAGGCUAUGAUGCUAAGAGCUGACGCGCACCCUGGUGCAGAUUAUGACAAGAGAUGGGUGAGAAAUGCAAAUGACUGCUUGCAUUGGUGCCUGCCUGGGCCUGUUGAUAUGUGGAAUGAGGUUCUUCUGCAGGAUAUUAUCAAGAAUUCGUCGGUCGAGUAAUCAAAAUUCUUUACCCUUCUUACUUUGGCCCGAUUGAAAAUUGUCAUCUGACCUUUUUUUUUUAAAAAAAAAAAGCGAUUUUAUGCAUCAAGUUCUUUUAUCUUGCUUGAGAGAGCACGAAUAUACCGUCGAAAUUUAAUUGCCUGUAUCAUAUUAUUGUAACAUGAGUAGCUGCAGAAAUGUGAAACCUUAAUUGUUAA